AUGCUGUGCUGCAUAAGAAGAACCAAGCCGGUGGAGAAGAACGAAGAUGCCGACCAGAAGAUUGAGCAGGACGGGACGGCCAAACCCGAGGACAACAAGGCUCACAAGGCCGCUACCAAAAUACAAGCGAGCUUCCGUGGACACAUAACUCGGAAAAAGAUGAAAGACGGAGAAGAAGACAAGGAAGAAGAGGUUCAGGUGAACGGUGAGAAGGUGGUGAACGGCAUCGAUGAGGACGAGGGCGAGGAGGCCAAGAGCACAGAAGAGGCCAAGGAAGAAGCGCCCGCCCAAGAGUCUAAGACCGAGGAGGAGAGCCAAGCCAAAAUCCCCGUGGCAGAGAAACCCGCCAACUCUCCGGCACCAGCUGCAGAAUCAGCGCCAUCUCCCGUAGCCCCACCCACACCAACGGCACCCAAAGAGGAGCCCAAAGUCGAGGAAAAGGUGGAGGAAAAGCCCAAACAGGUGGAGAAGGAGGCGCCCAAGAGUCCCACCACCACAGCACCUGCACCUCCCACACCCACUCCGGUCCCGGCGGAGGAGCAGAAGAGCGAAGAGAAGACGGAAGAGGAAAGACAAGCCGACGUGCCUGCUGCUGUUAGUCCCACAGCCGAGAAGGAGGAGUCUAACCAAACAAAAGAAGAUGCUGCAGAGGAGUCUAAAGCGGAGGAGCCGGCCCCAGCAGAGGAUGCCCCAGAGUCCAAGGACGACUGA